AUGAGUUCCUUCAGCUUUGAGCCGUACUACUCGACUUCCUACAAACGGCGCUAUGUGGAGACGCCCCGGGUGCACAUCUCCAGCGUGCGCAGCGGCUACAGCACCGCGCGCUCCGCUUACUCCAGCUACUCGGCGCCCGUCUCCUCCUCGCUGUCCGUGCGCCGCAGCUACUCCUCCAGCUCCGGCUCCUUGUUGCCCAGUCUCGAGAACCUCGACCUGAGCCAGGUAGCCGCCAUCAGCAACGACCUCAAGUCGAUCCGCACCCAGGAGAAGGCGCAGCUGCAGGACCUCAACGACCGCUUCGCUAGCUUCAUCGAGCGCGUGCACGAGCUGGAGCAGCAGAACAAGGUCUUGGAAGCCGAGCUGCUGGUGCUGCGCCAGAAGCACUCCGAGCCGUCCCGCUUCCGGGUGCUGUACGAGCAGGAGAUCCGCGACCUGCGCCUGGCGGCGGAAGACGCCACCAACGAGAAGCAGGCGCUGCAGGGCGAGCGCGAAGGGCUGGAGGAGACUCUGCGCAACCUGCAGGCGCGCUACGAAGAGGAGGUGCUGAGCCGUGAGGACGCAGAGGGCCGGCUGAUGGAAGCGCGCAAAGGGGCCGACGAAGCGGCUCUCGCCCGCGCCGAGCUCGAAAAGCGCAUCGACAGCCUGAUGGACGAAAUCGCUUUUCUGAAGAAAGUGCACGAAGAGGAGAUCGCCGAGCUGCAGGCGCAGAUCCAGUACGCGCAGAUCUCCGUGGAGAUGGAUGUGUCCUCCAAGCCCGACCUCUCCGCCGCGCUCAAGGACAUCCGCGCCCAGUAUGAGAAGCUGGCCGCCAAGAACAUGCAGAAUGCGGAAGAGUGGUUCAAGAGCCGCUUCACCGUGCUGACCGAGAGCGCCGCCAAGAACACCGACGCGGUGCGCGCCGCCAAGGACGAGGUGUCCGAGAGCCGCCGCCUGCUAAAGGCCAAGACCCUGGAGAUCGAAGCAUGCCGGGGCAUGAACGAAGCGCUGGAGAAGCAGCUGCAGGAGCUGGAGGACAAACAGAACGCCGACAUUAGUGCUAUGCAGGACACAAUCAACAAAUUGGAAAAUGAAUUGAGAACCACAAAGGGUGAAAUGGCAAGAUACCUCAAGGAAUACCAAGACCUUCUCAAUGUGAAGAUGGCUUUGGACAUUGAGAUUGCAGCUUACAGGAAACUCUUGGAAGGUGAGGAGACCCGGCUCAGUUUCACCAGCGUGGGCAGCAUAACCAGCGGCUACUCCCAGACCUCCCAGGUCUUUGGCCGAUCUGCCUAUGGUGGUUUACAGACCAGCUCCUACUUGAUGUCGGCCCGCUCCUUCCCAUCUUACUACACCAGCCACGUCCAGGAAGAGCAGAUCGAGGUGGAGGAGACCAUCGAGCCUGCGAAAGCUGAGGAAGCCAAGGACCAGCCCCCCUCUGAAGGAGAAGCUGAGGAGGAGGAGAAGAAGGAGGAGGCCGAGGGAGAGGAGGGAGCCCAAGAGGAAGAAGCUGCCAAGGAAGAAUCUGAGAAGGCAAAGGAGGAAGAAGAAGGAGGUGAAGGCAAAGAAGCAGAAGAAACCAAAGAAGCUGAGGAGGAGGAGAAAAAAGAUGAAGGUGCUGGGGAAGAGCAAGCCACUAAGAAGAAAGAUUGA